AUGAGCGCUGAACAGAGUGAACGUUCUGAAGAUGACUCAGAAACCGACGAAAAUGCAGCGCAGGGAGAUGAACAUAAAGAUGAAAUGGUAGAACCUGUAGUGAAGGCAGGAGAAUCGAAAGUAGUACGAGAACCCUGUAUUCCAGAUUGCUCUGAAGAAGCGCAAUCUGAAACAGUUAAGAAUGAGGAUGCUCAGGCAGUGGCUAGAUUGCAAUCCAUCUCUGAGCCUAAGGAAACUGAAGCCAAAGUGACGAAUAAACGCAAUUCGGAAAUAAAGAUGAUGGAGGCAGGUAAAUUGGAUAGUGAGACAUCUGACGCAACUUCAGCAGUACUGCCCCCCUCACUGAAAAACUUUGACUCACAGCAGCGAUCCGAAGAGACAGAGGUUAAAAGUGGAUGGCCAUCCACCACAAAAGAAGCUGAUGGCGAUACGAUAAACUCUGGAGUACCACAAAAAGACCGUGUUCAAAAGCCGCUUAGGUCUUCGGAAGCAACACACACAGUCACUGAACAUUUCGGUAGUGCCCAGGGUAGAGUGGUUUCAAACGCUGUGCCAGCAAUGAACUCUCAGUCACAUGACCGAAUGGGUAGUAUGACGAGUGACUUCAUGGACCUAAGUGUUCAGGACGGCGUGACCCACGAACCACCACAAUUGCAGUUCCAGCGGCGGACCAGUCAACCCCAGAGCUCCAUUUACCACAGAAGCUUACCAGUGAAGAAGACCAACGCACCUAGUUGGUACGUACCGCCAAACAGGCCAAUCAUUAAUCCGAACGCGUUGCCAUUAAGUGACUUCCCAGAUUCCUCGGUUCCUUCGGCUUAUAUUGAUCCCCCGUUCACACACCCAGCAAACGUCGCCUCUGCUCGCAAACGUUCAAUCAGCACACCAUAUAUAGGGUCCCAUGUGAUUGCCGCAGAGACCGGCCCAUCAUUGACCAUAUCGCUUCGACGACCCACAUCAGAGCGUCCGUGGGGUUUCACAUUCUACGGCGGAGCGGAAUAUGGAUGUCCCCCUUUUGUCAAUAAAGUGAGUGAUUGA